CCUUUCCUUACCUUUGUUCUCCUUGGCUGUUCGCCCCUACUCCAAAAUUCCUGCUUAAUUAUAUCUAUUCUGGACCAGUGGUAGUCCCACACUUUCCUGAACCCCCAAACUCUCCAGCUCGAAUUUUGUUCUCCGCGUUCUGGUUUUAAUCUUGUGGUCUUUGUUCGGGCCUUGAACCUUAUCUUUCUUUCAGCCCAUUCUGAUUUUGCGUAACCGAACAUGAGCUGAGCGACAAUUCGGAGAUGUCUUUCAAGUACCAGAUACCUGGAGUCAAGGACUCAUUCACACUCACAUGGCAAACAGCUGUGAUGUUGUUUUCUUUUCCAACUCACAGUCAACAAAGGCUUUUGAUUGCACUCCUAUGCUUCAUGAGGAAGAGAAAGAGGAUUUAAACAAGUCCCUCUGCUUCUUCUUCCUCCUCUUUGCUGGCGCCAUAGUCAUUGUUCGGGUAACAAGAAAUCGACUUGACUGCGGACAGGAUAUCCAACCCCAAGAAUCGACUGUCAAUUUUGAUCUCAUCAAGCUCAAAAUGGACCGUGACUUCAUUGUGCCGAUCCGAGCGAGAAAUUCUUGGUUCAUCGAAACUCCUCGCCUCACGUUACGAAGUUUUGACCCAAUGCCAACAGAAGUGGGUCCACUAAAUCCAGCGGGCGUGAUUAGAGAUCUCCGUGCAUAUGAACAGAUACACGGCGACCCCAACAAUAAUGUAUUCGGUGCUAGAGAAAACCCCCACAUGAAAGGCGACGAUCUCCUGGAGCAUAUUUUGCGAGAGUGUUCGGCCCGCAAGCAGAUUAAAUUCAUGAUUGUUCUCAAGAGGGACAAUCCUACAGCCGGUAUGGACGUGGAAGGUGGGGAGUUGAUUGGAGAUAUCGAACUUAAUGCCCCAGACUCAGAGGGGAAAAUAAGCAUCAUUGCAGGUUGUAUUCACUGGCGGCAUGCUGGUCAGGGUUAUGACAAAGAGGCUUUUUAUGCAGUAUUCAAGCAUGCAUUCAAGAGUCUUUAUCGAAAACAGCUUUUGCUUGAGACCAAGGCUGCUAACACAGGCCUUCAAGCCAUGAUGAGGAGUCUUAAACUUGAGCCUCUGGAAAGCCCAGGAGAUCGCUGGAUGAAAAGAAACCCACCCGAAGCCAGUGUGCUUUACACUUUUGACCUGGCAACUUGGGAGACAGCUAGACGAGAAGGAGGACUUCGCCCUCUUACACCCCCUCCGCCACUUGAUUACUGA